AUGGUUUCAACACAACCCUUCCGCAGUUCAUUUCUGCAAAGCUCUCAACACAGGAGUAAACGGACGAAAUCAAAUACAAAUCAACUUCCAAAUUCACCAUUAUUACCAUUACACUUUCAUCUACCACUACAAUCGAGGAAGAAGAGGCGAAGAAUCAAGGUGAAGAGAAAUGGAACUAAGCAUACCACACCAAUCAACCCGAACUUUACUCCCAACCUUAAACGAGAUACACAAAUGGUUACAGAAGGACCACGGAAGAAAAGAAAAAUCGGAGAAUCCUCUAUCUUAGUUAGCAGGCAAAGCAUUUCAAUUCAGCAAAACACUGCGAAGAGAACGGUGACGCCAUUUCAUUAUGAUAAAAUAGUAAAAAGUAGUACGGCUUCGAACUUCAUUCUAAAAGAUAAUCGUAAAAGUACAAGUGUUCAUCAAAUUUCGUCAUCCUGGAUCGAUAUGCCGUCAUCGGCACAAAAAGGCCUCCACAACCCUGCGGUCCUUUGUUAUCGAAACUCUUUAUUGCAAGCACUCCUUCACUCUCCCAAAUUAGUUAACUGGCUUCGGAGCUACCACAGAUUUGGUGUGCGUACCUCUUGCGCGACACCCUGUGUAGCUUGUCGGCUUCUUUCGGUAUUCAACUCCUACUGGAGCAGUACCUCAAAAGAUUUGCGCGUUGCAACCAAAGAACUAGAUAAAGCGUUUAUUUCAGCUGGGUGGCAGAAUGGCCGAUCUGGGAGACAGGAAGACCCAGAAGAGCAACUUGUAUGGCUAGCUAAAGUGCUUUCCGAGCAACUCCCGACAAAUCAAUUCAGUGCAUUUGAGGCAAUAUCUCGUUUUACGCUCAAUUCGAAUACCAAGUGCUCCUCGUGUGGUUAUCUCUCCGUCAAUAAAGGUGAAAUUGAAGGUACUCUUUCUAUAGAUUUGCGACCGAAGAUAAAAAAUGGAACAAUAGCGGAUUACCUCAGGCCAUAUUUUUCCUAUUGGGUUGAAGACUUUAAAUGUGACCGUUGCUCCUCCAGAUCUCCGAAACAACGAAAUCGCAAGAUUUGCCAUCAGCCUGAUACACUUGUCAUUCAAUUAAAGCGUUUUGGAUGGGACGGUCGGAAGGAUAACUCUCCUAUCCCAUUUUCCUCUAAUCUCUCACUCAACCAAUAUCGAAACGAGGGAAAUACCUAUGAUUGUGAGUACGAGCUUACUGCCGUUAUCUGUCACAUCGGCGUAAUGAACUCAGGACACUACAUAUGUCGAGCAAAAGGUCCCGACAAACGUUGGAUGAAGUUUGAUGAUCUCAAAGUUUCAGAAAUGACCAUCGAACAAGCCAUACACCCUGGCACGAGGAAUGGAUGGACCCCUUACUUAUUAUUUUAUCAACGCACUGUCAAAGAUCUGCCACGUUGA